CGGCAACUCGGCUUUGCGCCAAGAUGAUGCAAGCAGCUCUAAAGUAUACUGCACCGCCACCUCUCUUCCUCCUGCUGUCAUCCCGCUUUCUACCGCCAUUCCUGGUGGCUUAUUUCCUGGCUUUCGUGCCCAGUACUGCUCUUCUAGCUAGAUAUGGUGUUCCAGAAAGAAAAGCCUGUCCAUUCGCUAAUUGCAGGCGGGUCGGCUGGUGCCAUUGAGGCUUUCAUUACAUACCCUACGGAAUUUGUUAAAACACGGUCGCAGUUCGGUGGAAAGAAACAAGGGCCGAUUACGAUUAUUAAAGAGACUCUGAAGAAAAGGGGCAUCGCCGGGCUGUACUCUGGAUGUUCAGCACUGGUUGUCGGCAAUGCUACCAAGGCUGGAGUGCGGUUCGUGAGUUAUGAUCAUUUCAAGCAAAAAUUGGCAGACCCUCAGGGCAAAGUGAGCGCACCGCGGAGUCUUGUUGCUGGUCUGGGAGCUGGCAUGAUGGAAGCUAUAUUCGCAGUGACGCCGUCAGAAACCAUCAAAACGAAGCUCAUAGAUGAUGCUAAUCGACCGAAUCCGCAAUAUCGCGGUCUCGUGCAUGGAACAAUAUCCAUAGUGCGGCAAGAGGGGAUCACGGGGAUAUAUCGUGGACUAUGGCCGACAAUGAUGCGACAAGGCGCUAAUUCUGCAGUUCGCUUUACGACGUAUUCGACACUAAAGCAAUUUGUUCAAGGGACAGCUCGUCCCGGACAAACAUUACCUAGUACCAUUACCUUUGGUAUUGGUGCUAUUGCUGGGCUAGUAACAGUCUACACUACUAUGCCUCUAGACGUCAUUAAGACUCGCAUGCAGUCAUUAGAAGCGCGUUCGCAGUAUCGCAAUUUUGCUCACUGUGCGUAUCGGAUAUUUACAGAAGAGGGGAUCCUGAGAUUCUGGACCGGGACUACACCAAGGCUGGCACGGCUGGUGAUGAGUGGCGGUAUCGUAUUUACUGUAUACGAGAAUAUUAUCAAGGUUCUUGGUGGUAGAAGCUCAUGACAAUACAUACAUAGAUAACGCUUUGUUUACUGUAAUUGAAAUUGCAUGUUUACGGUCGGCGAUCAAUUCCUGCAC